AUGGAACGUAAUGGAAAAUAAUGGAAUGUGCUUGAUUUCCACUGCUUGAAGUUCUAAGCUUAAAAUAUUCUUUUGUGAAUUGAAAAAAUAAAUAUAUGUUUAUUUUGAGCUAAUUAGUAAAUAAAAUAAUUUUGCGAAAAUGGCUACAAAAGCAGCAUCAAAUGGAAAAGGUUUCCAGCCUGAUACUGACGUUCACGUCACGCUCGAAGAUCAAAUGAAAAUCAAUAAAUUUGCCAAAUACAAUGCAAAUCUUGAAGAUUUAAAAGACGAACUACAAGUAAAACAGAACGAUUUGAAGAAUUUGGAAGAAGCCGCCGAUGAAAUAGAAUUAUUUGACGAAGAAGAGCAAAUUCCAUUUGUAUUUGGCGAAGUGUUUAUUUCACACAAUUUAACAAUGACACAACAGCUAAUAAAAGAUGCCAAGGAAAAGAAAUUGAAAGAGAUCGAAGCCAUCCAAGACAAAUGCAAGCAAAUCCAAGAUACGAUGGGCGAUCUGAAAGCUCAGCUUUAUCUGCGUUUCGGUACAAACAUCUAUUUGGAAAAUGAUGAAUAAAAACAAAAUUCGUAUAUUUCGAUAUGUUUUACACAUUUGUCAGCAGCCUCUCGAACCUCAAAAAUAAAUAAAUUAAAAACGAAAAACCA